UCAGUUACUCCUGCCCAUGUUACCAAAUGCACAAGUCCUUUUGAUAAGUCCUUAGACUUAGAAGGCUAGGAUCUUGUUAGAGGGUAAAGUUACAAUUUAUAUUAACUGUUGAAAAUACAUUUUCAGCAAAAGGCAAGAAAGAAGAACUGAGCUGCAGAAACAAUGAAACCUAAGAAGUCAACGUUCCCGCUUUCAAAAAAGAAUAAGGAAUCUGAUUUAGUCCUGGAUGAGUUACCUCUACUUUCAAAGGAAGACCAGAAGAAAGUGAAAAAGGCAGAUGAAAAGAUUACCAAGAAUUUCUUCAACAUUCAGAAACGCAUGAAAAAGUUCAAGAAGCAUAUGAAAAUAUGUAUUGAUCUGAUGGACCAUAUUGCAAACUGUAUAGAUAAAGUGCACAAGGACACCACCAUUGCCAACAUAUCAGGGAGCACAGCUGGAAUAGCAGGAGGCAUCACCACCAUUGUAGGUCUUGCACUGAUUCCUGUUACACUGGGUGCCUCAUUGAUCGUCACUGCAGUUGGAAUAGGAGUUGCUGUUGCUGGAGGGCUCACUGGGGUGGGAUCUUCCAUUGUUGAUUUUGUUUACAUGAGAAAGCAAUGCAAUAAAGCAAAGGCAAUUAUAGAGGAAUUCAUGGAAGAUUUAAAACAUAUAAAAGAUUCUCUGUCAAAUAUAGAUAUUCAGUUAGAAACAUUAAAAUCUGUAUUAGGUGAAAACACUGCAGAAUUUUCCAGAUUUACUGACUUUUUGUUAAAAACUAAUGUGGAAUCCUUAAAGAACGAAUGGAGUUUAGACCUCAACUCAGAAAAUAAAAUUUCAGGAUUAAAUUAUUUUAAAAAAUUUGCUCAUUUGUUCAACCUGGAUACUCUUGUAGCUCUAGCACCCUGUUUAAUUCAAUCUGAAGUUCAGGCAGUUUCUCGUAUAACCCAGGUAGCCUCUCGUGGGGCCCAGAUAGCUUCUCGUGGGGCCCAGGUAGGAGCAAUUGCCAGUGGGGCAUUUGUAGCACUGGGCCUCGUGAUUGAUAUUGUCUUUCUUAUAAAAGGUUCAAAGAAUCUGCAUGAAGGGGCAAAGACUGAGCAAGCAGCACUUAUAAGGAGCAUUGCUAGAGCUUUAGAGGCAGACUCCAUAGCUUUUGAAGGAACAAAUGUACAGGAAAGGGCCAAGUCAGAGCAGGAAUCAAAGACAGAAGGGACCACUGGUACAACUUAAGAGGAAGACCCAACACUUUUGAAAGUAAAUGAUAAAAGGAAGAUGUGAAAAUAUUUGUUUUUGCUUACACCACAAUUUUCCAGUCCCCACAUAAUGGCUAAGAUGUGCAAGCAUGCAAUAUAUUUGUCUGUAGUCACACGCAUUAGCAGUAAUAGGGUUUCGUCCAAUUUAAUUUUCCCAAAACAGUUGAGAAUUUAUGAUCUGAAUCCAGCUAGUUGUCAAAUACUGGUAUAGGAACUAUACAAUGCACUCCUUUGUAAAAUGAUUAUUGGAAAGAGUUAACAGUCCUAACUGAACUGGAUGGAGACCUGUGAGGAGGAAACCAGAUUUCUUUAUAGCUUUCUAAUAUCCCCUAUGGAUAGAUAUACUGUACUGUAUUACUGAUUUAUUACUCACACAUCUUGAACUGCACAAACUUGAACUGCCACAACACCAUGCCAUGCAGGAGAAAGGCAACCAGAUACCUGGCAGAAAACCUUGAGCUUUCUCAGGUGCCAUCUUUAAGACCUUAUGCAUUGAGAGUAGAUGGGAAUCUACUCAACAUAAAAAUAAGAAGAAAUAGAUUGUCUGUUUUUUCACGAAGUAGGUUGUUAAUAUCUGUUAUACAUUAUUACAUUUAUGAAGGUUAAGAACAACACUUUCCUCCAGUGUAUCCUAGUUGAGUAUGGUUAGUAAUACUAACUGUUAACUGCUAAACUCAAUGUAACUUUGUAACAUAUCUGUGGUUAUGUACUGGCUAUUAUGUUUAAUAUGUACUCCUUGAAGUGUUUUGUUUUUUUAAAUUUAUUCUAUG